AUGAUCUAAAUUGAAAGUAGUUAUGCUAAUAUUAAUAACUUUACUUCAACGCUUAAUAACAUGAAUAUAGUUUUUUAAUCAUCAUAAUAAAUAGCUAUAAAGGAUAGUACAUUUUAAAAUAACACAGCUUUAGAAGGAGGAGCUCUUUAUUUCUAAAAUAUUCAAUAAAAUAUAGAGCUAAAGAAUUGCAUUUUUAUAAAUAAUAUCGCUUAUGCAAAUGGAGGAGCAAUUGUCUUUGAUACAAUAAAAAAUAUAUUUUUAGACUAAACUACAAAUAUAAAGUAAAAUACUGCAUUGAUUGGAGGAGGAAUAAGAAUAAAAGGAGUUGAAUAAUUUGUAUUUUUAAAUAAAGGAUAAAUUGUCCAAAAUAAAGCUGAAAUAUACGGAGACAAUAUUGCCACCUAUCCAAGUUAGGUUUCAAUUUAAUCGUUUUCUUAAUAAAAAGACUCAUUUACAUUUAAAAGUAAUAUUCCUCUUGGAAAGGUUUGGAUUAAUAACUUCUAAAGUGGAGGCUCUUUAGAAUUUGAUAUAUUUUUUAUGGAUGAAAAUGGAAAACAUAUAAAUUUUUCUUCAAAUUCUUUAAAAUAAGGAGUUUAUCCUAAAAUAAUUUAAAAUGAAAUUUAGUACUGGAAUGCUCAUUUAAUAGUAUUUAAUUCAAGCUUAGUCUAGCUUGUUGGAGAAUCAAGUAGUGAAAUAUUAUGCAAACAAUGUCCUUAAGAGGCAGAAAUAUGUGAAUUCGAUCAUUUUAUAUUGAAAUAAGGUUAUUGGAGAUCAUCUAAUUUGUCAGAUUAAAUUUUUGAAUGCACAAAAUAUUAAGAAUCUUGUAAUGAAUUAAAAUCUGAUACCUAAUUCGGCUGCAUCGAAGGAUAUGUUGGCCCUUUGUGUGAGUAAUGUGAUUAUUCAGGUAUGAUAUGGCCUAAUAGAUAUAGUGAAAACAGUUCUAAAAGCAAUUGCUAAAAGUGUAGCGCGACAUCAAACUAAAUAGCUUUUUUAAUCAUAUCUACUUCCAUCAUUAUCGUCUAUCUUUUCUUCUAAUUAUGUCAGACUGAUGAACUUGGUUCCUAUUUCAGUGAGUUAGUACAAGUUUAUAAAUACUUUUUAUGUUAAGUGUUUGAUGAAUUACCUUCAAAUUCAGUUAAUUUUGAUAGGAUAAAUUGA